GCAUUUUUGCUAACCGCAGCACGGUUGCAGUGCACAGUAAACUGUCGAAUGUAUUACACGUAUAUUGGUUGAUCGAAACGGUGUUUUGAUGUUAAGUGAUGAAUGGAUAGCACGAAUCGGAAUAUAAAUUGUAUAUUAUAUUGAUAAGAUCAAACCACAAAAAUGGGUCAAGACGAGAAGAAAGGGACGAUCGUUCUGGACAAUUUCAAUUCGACGACUAAUCUAACAACGAACCCAGGUUUUCAAUCAACAUUAAGUUUAGGUUCCAAGGAAGUCAUCAAUGAAAAGGCGUACAAUCCCUUCGAACAUCGGAAAGUGGAACAUCCUAAUUCGACAAUUGGUUCUCUAGUUCAUUUACUUAAGUCCUCGCUUGGCUCCGGCAUCCUGGCUAUGCCCGCUGCCUUCAAGAAUGCAGGGUUAGCAAUAGGAGCACUUGGAACAAUUAUUAUCGGCUUCAUUUGUACGCAUUGCGUUUAUGUACUGGUAAAAACAUCACAGGAAGUUUGCGUGGAAGCGAAAAAACCGUCAAUGGGAUUCGCUGAAACUUGCGGAGCGGCCUUUGAGUUUGGGCCGAAAAGAUUGCGACCUUGGGCUAAUUUUGCCAGGACUUUUAUCGAUUACACGCUCACUUGCACUUACUUGGCCGCAUUGUGCGUGUAUGUCGUGUUCAUUGCAGAGAACUUUAAAGAGGUUCUAGAUGAGUAUAAUCCAGAUUACAAAUUAUCCGUUGAAGUAUAUUGUGCACUUACUCUGGUACCACUUGUAUUGAUUUGUCAAAUACGAAAUCUUAAAUGGCUGGUUCCAUUCUCCGCACUGGCCAAUGUCUUCCUCGUCAUAUGCUUUGCGAUUACCAUGUACUACAUAUUCACCGAUCUACCCAACCCUGCUGAGAGGAAAACGGUUGCUAGUGUCACGCAAUGGCCUCUUUUUAUCAGUACGGUGAUUUUUGCCAUGGAAGGAAUUGGAGUAGUUAUGCCAGUUGAAAAUGAGAUGGCUAAGCCACAACAGUUCCUCGGAUGCCCUGGAGUACUGAAUGUAGCGAUGACUAUCGUUAUUUCUUUGUAUGGCAUAGUUGGAUUCUUCGGCUAUAUCAAAUUUGGAGAAUCCGUUCGUGGUAGUGUCACGCUUAAUCUUCCACAGGAUGAAAUAUUGGCACAGAGUGCAAAGAUCUUGAUGGCGCUGUCGAUCCUCUUCACGUACAGCUUACAAUUCUACGUGCCCAUGGAAAUGAUCUGGAGACAAAUCCACGACAAAAUCGCUGUAAAGUAUCAUGAAAUUACUCAAAUAAGCAUCAGAACAACAGCUGUGAUUGGAUCUGUUGCCCUGGCCGCAGCCUUUCCGGACUUGGAACUCUUCAUCAACUUAUGCGGUGCAAUCUUCCUCUCCAGUCUCGGUCUGCUUACUCCAGCGAUCGUUGAUACAGUACACAAUUGGGAUAGAGGUCUUGGGAAAUUCAAUUGGAUUCUUUGGAAGAACAUUUUCAUCUCCAUUAUUUCAUUUAUAGCUCUCUUCGCGGGUUCUUAUGUAUCCAUAAUAAGUAUGGUUGAAAAGUAUAAUUCAACAGCAAUGAUCGGUAAAGGAGCUAACAUGACAAGUUUAAGCACGUGAAAAUUACUUCCAUCGUCAGACAAUAGAAGAAAAAAAAAACGUACAUUACAAAAUAAU